CUCUUGUGGAAGACAGCUGGAGACUGUAGCAAGCCACAUCGCAGAGUGAGCCCCAAUCCCCUGACACACCUGCAAGAGGUAGAACUCCACAUGGCAAAGAGGCAUUUGCCGCAGGCACACCACCGGACUACACUGGCAAGACACUUCAGCAGCUUGCAGGAAGCUGUUUCAUCCCAGUCAGACAACUCAGCCACAAAGAGCAGAGAGCAAUCAGUUCUGAUUUCUUCUUAUGUUCACUAUCAGGUUUUGCGUAAGACUAAGAAAUCUAUCCAGAAGCUGGAGCAAACCUUGAGUUCUUUGCUGAAGAUGAAAGAGCCCUUCAGUCUGGAGGAUGGGAACCUGUCCAGCUUGGAGGAAGUCAGGGAGGAAUAUGUCAAGAGGCACUUCAGCAGUCACAGCACUGCAUCAGCCUCGGAAGCUGUGAGUGAGAGUUACUCUACCAUCUGGUGUUUGAUGCAAGAACAUGAAAAACAAACAAUGGAGGAGAAUGGGAAGCCAGAAUUUGUCCAGUCUCCACACACUUUAUCCCUGGAUCUGGUGGAGUUUGAACGAUACCUGUAUUUUUAUACACACACAGUGGACUUGCUGAGAGAGCAUGGAAUUGUUUGCACUGAGGAGGUGCCUCUUCCUGAGGUCUCCACAGCUAUUUCCCACCUCUGGCAAGAACUUUCUGAAGAAAGGAGAGGCAGCAUCUUGCAGUACUGUAGCCAGAGAGAUUUCCUCAUGAAUCCUAAGGCUGCUUGCCAAGAGCCUGCGUGCACUGAAGGUAGCGUGAGGGAGAGCCAAGGUAACGGUGAGGAAGCCAGUAGUUCCUCAGUCUCCACACCAGAGGAAGUAAUGUUUGAAGAUGCGUUUGAUGUUACUGCUGGUUUCCUUGACAGAGACGAGACUCAGGGAAUGUCUAGUCAGAGUUCAGCAUUUGCAAGCUGCACUUCUGAAAAUCCAGAGGAACACCACAGACUCUAUCUGCAGAUCACUGACUUCCUAAAAAGCCUCUUCUUUGCUAAUACCCAGUUUUGCCAGGAAGAAGAUCUUCAGUUCGAUGAUGACACUGUGAUGCUGAGGUGCACCGAGACCUUCGAUGAUGAAGAUUUCUAA